GGACCUAAGGCGGGUUUGCACACAGUAACACAUAGCCAGUUCCAGGGUUUCCCCUGGUUGCUCUUUAAUUUCCCAUUUCCUUGCUUCCAUGGCGUCGAAGCAGCAUCAUCCACUUCCCGGCGGCCAAGGAGAACCCGCGGCAAAGAGGCAAAAAGUGGAGGAGUCGCCCUCAACUCAUAGCGUUAGUGAUCACCAUCGCGUCGAGCUCAAUCCGGCCGACUGUGGCCUAGAUUUUGAUAUCGAGGCAAAUGGUCUUCAAGGAAGUGCUCUUCACAAGCAAGGAUUUGCCUAUUGCUGGUCUGGUGCUCGAGCUAAUGUUGGGAUAAAGCGAGGAAAGUAUUGUUUUGGUUGUAAAGUUGUUUCUGAGCAGGUGGUUAACUUGGCUGACACUCCUGUUGAUCAGCAACAUUUGUCUCGUGUUGGAAUCUCAAGAGGGGAUGAUUCUGUUGGAAAUCUUGGGGAAACUAUCCAUAGUUUUGGCUUUGGAGGUACAGGAAAAUUUUCAAAUGCGGGGAAAUUUUCAGGUUAUGGUGAGAAGUUUGGUGUUGGUGAUGUAAUUGUCUGUGCUAUUGACCUUGAGAAGAAACCGCUGGCGACAGUUGGAUUUUCAAAGAAUGGGAAAUGGCUAGGUAUUGCAAGGGAAUUUGAUGCAAGCCUGAAUGGAUUUGGCAUUGUUGGCGCUCAGGUGAAGAAACUUCCCUGGGAGUCGGCAUUAUUUCCUCAUGUCUUGUUGAAGAAUGUUGUAGUACAGCUCUUAUUCAGCAUCAGUGAUGGAUUGACACCCAUGGAUGCUUACAAGCCAUGGAAUUCAGCUAUUGAAGAUGGAAAUGCAAUCUUUGGUCCCACUUUUUCUAGAAAAGAGGAGUGCGAGGUUCUAAUGAUGGUUGGUCUGCCAGCAUCAGGUAAAACUACGUGGGCUGAAAAAAGGGUGAAGGAUCACCCAGAAAAGCGAUAUGUGCUGCUUGGAACCAACCUAGCUCUUGAUUUAAUGAAGGUACCAGGACUCCUGCGAAAACGUAAUUAUGGUGAACGGUUUGAGCUUCUGAUGGAUCGUGCUACAGGAAUAUUUAAUACAUUGUUGGCAAGAGCUGCUAAGACUCCUCGCAACUACAUUCUUGAUCAAACAAAUGUUUACAAGACUGCCCGGAAACGUAAAUUAAAGCCAUUUAUGAAAUUCCGCAAGAUAGCUGUGGUUAUCUUUCCUAUGCCAACUGAGCUCAAGGAUCGAGCAGCCAAGCGAUUUGAAGAAAUGGGAAAAGAAGUUCCUGCAGAUGCUGUGAAUGAGAUGAUAGCCCACUACGCCUUACCUACAAGUAUGAACAUGUCUGGUUCUACUGAGCAAUUCGAUGAGGUCAUAUUCCCAGAACUAGGCAGAGAAGAGGCACAACGUCAUUUGGAUGAAAUGAAGCGUGCACUUCCUCCAUCUUCUAAUACGAACAUAAAGCAUGAACUUUCUCCUUUCUCUCGUGAAAGACAUGCCCAAUCAUUUCCUAGACCAUUGGUUGCUAAUAAAGAACCUAUAACAGAUUUUGAACAACACAAUCAAACUCCGCAAUCGAAUGUGCUAUUUUCAGAUUAUUCGAGUCCAUCCCAAGCUAUACCAGCAUAUGGCAGACCUACUUUUUCUUCUGAGCAUCCUCCAAGAACAGAUGAUACCAACCUUGCUAUGUUAUCAAAACCAGCUUUUGAAACUACUCAAUGUAGAAAUUAUGAAGGCACUGGGACUCUGUAUGUCAGAGAUGGUUUUGAUCGUUUUGGAAGAUAUGAUAGGACACCGGCGCCAUUUCAAAGAAGUGAAACUGACUAUUAUGGGAAUUAUGACAGGACUUCAUCAUUUCAAAGAGGUGCAUUUGAUUUCCAUAAUGCAUACAGCGACUCUAAUCUCCAUGAUACAGGCUCAUUUGGAAGAAGUUCCUCUUCUUUUGGUGGAAUGAGCCCAUACCAAACACCGAGGUCUACAGAUACCUUUUUAAGACCAAAGUUUGAGGAUUCCAGCCCCAUUAGCAGGCCUUAUGGAUACUCACCAACUCCCCCAUCUUAUGGCAGUCAUGGUGGACAGUUUCAUGAUCCUGGAGCUCCUCACUUCAAUCACCAUCCUGCAAUGACGGAUCAAUAUGACCGGAUGCCCCCUCAAACACUUUAUGGAUCUCCCUAUGCUCCGACGCCACCACCUAGGCCUUCUCCCCUAUCCCGCGACGUUCGUCCAAGGAUAGAUUACCCUCCUUAUGCACGGAACCAUUGAAUGAAGAGGAAUACUCAGAACCGUGUGGAUAUUUCGAGGUCAAGGGUAGCGUUUUUUGUUGUUGUUGAAUAUAAAUUCUCCUCUCUUAUUCCUUACUCCAUCAAAGCAAUUUCCUAACUAUUGCAUAUCAUAUUACAUCGGACUUGUUAGAUUUGGAAACGAGGACCUCAAUGCAUGUGUUUACUGUUCUGGCUGCUUA